GCUGUCAAUCAAACAGGUUGUGAGUCAGGUUGGGUUGUGACUGUGCCACCGGGCUCGGGCGGUGGAAAUUGGGAUUCAGGCUGUGAGCAGCGAGUGUGAGGUGGGCUGUGAUAUUUCUGAUUCUGUCUCCGCCGCCUCGAUUUACGAAACGUUUUAAGCGAGCGAACCAUGACUUCGAAGAACAAGGCUGGCAGUAGCAGGUCCAACACCUCGGGAUCCAGAAAAGAUAAGCACAGCUCUAAUAAAAAUGGGAAGAAAAGCGAUGGACCUUCUGGAAGCUCGUUCUUCACAUGGUUCAUGAUAAUUGCCUUACUGGGUGUCUGGUCAUCAGUAGCUGUUGUUUGGUUUGAUUUGGUGGAUUACAAAGAUGUUCUGGGAAAACUUGGAGUCUAUGAUGCUGAUGGAGAUGGUGAUUUUGAUGUGGAAGAUGCCAAAAUUUUGCUAGGAUUGAAAGAUGGAGGAGGACCUGUUCCUGCUGAACAUUUUGGGAAGAAUGAAGAACGAAUUCAACCAUCAGUACAUACAAUUGUAGAGUCAGAGGCUGACAAAGAAGAGCUAGAAUCGACGCUCCCAGGUGCGACUCAGGAGUCUCUUAAACCCAUCCCAGAAGAGGCAGUUAAAAGGGAAGAAGAACCAAUGGAGAAAAGGACAAAUGAAUUUGAUGCUGAUGCUGAAGAUUCAGAAGAUGGUGAAGCAGAUGAGGUUAGGUAUGAAACAGUUGAGUCUGAACCUGAAGAAGCAAACACUCCAGAAGAAGAGAUGAUGUAUGAACAUGCAGAAACUUCAGAAGAAUCUGAGUAUGUGGAAGAUGAAGCAGUGUCUGAAGGUACAGAGGUUCUAGAGGAUUCUGGACCUGAAGCUGCAGAUGUACCUGAAGACAGAAUUCCAGAAUCAGAAACAAGAGAGGAAGAAGUUGAUAUUGCUUCAGAUGAAGCUGAGCUCGAGCCUGAAGAUCUAGUUUCUGAACAAGAUGUUCCAGGAUUGUAUGAAUCCAAUGUGGAAGAGGAUUUCUCUGAUCAAGUGGACAUUGAAGAUGAAAUAGAGGAGGAGCUGCUGAUGAGCGAUGAAUUCAUUGAAGCAGAACUUAAAGACGUAGAGCCUGAAGAUACAGUGGAAGAAUUUUAUGCUGAAGAAACAGAAUAUGUUCCGGGGACUGAAGGCAUACAAGAAGUGUCUCCUGUUCUUCAAAAUACAGAUGAAGAUAGCCAAUCAGCCUAUGGAUCUCAGAACUUGGAUGUGGAAUCUGAAAUCCAAGUUGCAGUACCUCUUCCAGAGGCAGUGGAAGAGCCUACAGAGGAAGAAGGUGAUACUCUCGAGGGUGCUGAAGAGCACCCAGCUGAAGAAGAAUAUGUGAAUUAUGCAGAAGUGAGUGAACCCUCAGAACCUGACCAUCUGGAAGUAACAGGUGAGCCAAAAGAAGUGGACAUAGCUGAACCAGAAGCAGAGGGCGGAGCAGCUGAUUUAGAAGAGGAAACACCUAAUGAGACAGUUUCACUAUCAGGAGAUAAGCUAAAGGAAACGCCAUCAGCCUCCAGCAUUCUGCAAUUUAAAGACGAAAGAUCUGACUCUGAAGUAAAGAAGGAAAAGAAAGGUCCAGCUAAGAAAAGGAAACCAAAGCUCCUGAACAAGUUUGAUAAGACUAUUAAGGCAGAACUGGAUGCUGCUGAAAAACUACGUAAAAAGGGCAAAUCUGAGGAAGCACUCCAGGCAUUUAAUGAACUUCUGAGAAGCUAUCCUCAAAGUCCUCGAGCUAAAUAUGGAAAAGCCCAGUCAGAGGAUGAUUUGGCAGAGAAGAUGCGAAGCAAUGAGAUACUUCAGAGAGCAAUCAAUACCUAUGGAGAAGUGGCUGACAUGCUAAAUCCAACUGCAGAUCUGGUGAAGCUAGCAAUAAAACGACAGGCAAACAGACAGCAGUUUUUAGGCCACAUCAAACGUUCUGUGGUGACCCUUCAGAGCCUGGUAGAUCGUUACCCAGAUGAUAUCUCAAUUAAGAAUGAGCUUGGAGUAGGUUAUCUCUUAUUAGGAGACAACGAUAAUGCCAAGAAUGUCUAUGAAGAGGUUCUGGCCCUUGCUCCAGAUGAUGGAUUUGCUCAAGUUCAUUAUGGAUUCAUCCUCAAAGCUAGAAAUCAGAUAGCUGAAAGCAUUCCAUAUCUUAAGGAAGGAUUAUUAUCUGGAGACCCAGGGACUGAUGAUGGUCGCUUUUACUUCCACUUAGGAGAUGCAUUGCAGAGGGUGGGUGAUCAAGAGGCAUACACAUGGUAUGAGCUGGGACACAAAAAGGGUCAUUUUGCAUCUGUGUGGCAGCGUUCACUCUACAAUGUGAAUGGACUUAAGGCUCAGCCCUGGUGGACAACUAAAGAAACAGGGUAUACUGAACUGGUGAAGACUCUUGAGAGGAAUUGGAAGUUAAUCCGUGAUGAGGGUCUGGCUGUUAUGGAUAAAGAAAGGGGUUUUUUCUUGCCAGAAGAUGAAAACUUGAGAGAAAAAGGAGAUUGGGGCCAGUUUACACUUUGGCAGCAAGGUCGUAGGACUGAGAAAUCCUGUAAACAAGUCCCCAAAACAUGUGCCUUGUUUGAAAAGUUUCCUGAGUCAACAGGCUGCAAACGUGGACAGAUUAAGUAUUCAGUUAUGCAUCCAGGGACUCAUGUAUGGCCUCACACCGGACCUACAAACUGCCGCCUAAGAAUGCAUCUUGGCCUAGUUAUUCCUAAACAAGGAUGUAAAAUACGCUGUGCCAAUGACACCAGAGAAUGGAAGGAGGGGAAGGUGAUCAUCUUUGAUGAUUCUUUUGAGCAUGAAGUUUGGCAGGAUGCUAACAGCUUUCGGCUUAUCUUCAUAGUGGAUGUUUGGCACCCAGAGCUGACGCCUCACCAACGAAGAACUCUUUCCCCAAUCUAAUGGCAUAUUUGGGGCAUAAAGUGGCAAAGGUUUGAGAGUUGAGCAAAUAUGAAGAAAUUGUCUUACAUAAUGAAGUGUAACAAAUUCCUUUGAUUUGUUUUUUUCCUGAUAUUUUUGGCCCAGGAGAGUUUUCUGGGGCUGAGGGGCAAUGUAUUUUGAAAAAAAAAGCAGCCAAUUAAAUACAAAAGUCUCCUGGAAUAUUUUUAAGAGGGCAUGUAGAGGUUGAGUGAUGCAAACUUGACCUGUGUCCUCUUCUGGAACAAAACACUAAGACCAAAGCUGAAUAAGAUCUACUGAGGAAAAUCCAACAUGGCAUUUUUCCACUUGUGAUUUGGAAUAAAAGCAAAGAUGCAAAAUAGUUCACCUCAAGCUAUCGAAGAACCCCUUCAUUGGGAAGAUCAGCGUAUUAUAUAGCUUUCCAUCAUAUUAAAUCAAAAUUGGGUUUGACUAAAUUUUAUAAGAUGCACACGUUGUCACAUUCACAUAACUGGUCUUCUGUGUCUUGUAUUUCCAUAUGGAAUCAUUCUGUAUAAAUUUUGAUUAUUUUUAUUGUAUAGGUAUUCAGGCGUUCUUCAAUCAUUGAUAUUGACAAAUUACAUAAAGAUGAAUUGUACCUCACAUUGCAUUUGGUCAAGUUUGCACUCUGUACACAGAUUUAGUUGAAAUCAGCAUUUCUUCUUUGCUAACAUUAACAAAUUAUAGUGUUUCAUGCAAUAGUACGCUUUUAAUAAUCAAGAACUAAAAUAUUAACUUUGAAUUUAUUUUGUCCUACUUCUCUUAAUUUUUGAAUCUUUUGUUUAUAGUGAGUGCUGAAGCCUCAAUGGGGGAGCUGCCUUUGAGAAGUUACUAAGCCUGACAGUGUGAGCGAGAUUGAUUAACACACACAGUUGAAAUGACAUGAUCACUGAAGCAUCCUGAGUUAACAGAUGUAUCUGUGCUUAUACUUAGCUCCCCCACACUGCGCUUGGUAACUCGUCCAAAGUCAUUUCCCCAGCAAUAUCAGUGGCGGUCACUGUUUAAGUAAAAACAGUUGAAAUUACCAAAUAUUAUAAAUAAUCAUAAGGCAAGUUUCUGACCAUCAGUGUUGCUUUACUAAGCAUAAAAAUGAAUCCUCCUUUGAAUGCAGAAUUGCACAUAUAAAUUCUGUGGAAAGAACACAAAAUACACUUCCAUAAGAUGCUAAUUGCCACAGAUGCCAAUGUUGAACUUUUUUAGUGUGACAAAAAUGAACAAAUGCCAAUGUGAGAGGCACAGUCAUCCAGUAGACAGCUGAUACAUCUGUACAAAAUGCCAAAAAGCAGAUGGCUUGUGACAGCCUUAAUACAUCUACAAUAAAAUGACCAUAUGUUUUUAUGUUCAAAUUUAUUAUGCCAAGUGUAAAUGACAGACUUUACUUUGCAGGAGCAAAGCAAAGGAGGGCUGAGUUCACCACAUAAUCAAGAUACUUUUGUCUCAAAGCAGUCAAGGGAGCAGUCAGGUCCCUGUUGAGAGUUGAGGAUUGCAACCUACACCAGAAUGUGGGAAAAAUGCGAUCUCCACAUAUUGUUAUGUUUUGGCACACUAUCUAAGUGACAGAAUGUUGGGUACAGGAAGAUCGUGGGAAAUUACAUUUUAGUCUAACAAAAAUGUGUAGAGAUACAGUGAUAUAAAUAUAUCACUUUUUGUCAUGUACAAAGUAUAAUUCUGUUAGACUAAUGCUGUAGAUUCUGGUUUUGAUGGAUUUACUGUUUGAAAACUACCCAAAGGAAUUGGAUUAGCGGCACAGAGGGGAGGAGCCUUUUAUUCUGUUAAUCUGGUUUAUUCCUGUCUAUCACAUACAUACUAAUAUUAUGAGAGCCCUUUUUAAUGCAAAUGUAGUUGAAUAUUCCUCAAUUUCUAUUGCUAUUCUAUCUAAAUAUUGUGGUUUUAUGUUUUACUCACCUCUUUUCUGAUGCACUGAACUCAGGAUGUUGGUAGUGAUAGCCAAAGCUGCAUGGUGCCUGGCAUUCCAGUGACAUUGACUUUGUCCUGAAGUCCAAUGAGAUUCUGAGUUCAGACUCAAAAGGAACAUCAAGGUACCAGGGCAUAUAAUAUUCAGUGAGAUUUUAUCUAUUUAGUUUUACCUGUUACAGGAAUAAAAUACUGAAGUAUUCAUGUAACCAUAAAUAAAAACAUGAGUGAUAGGCUACAAUGAUACUGCAACAUUUUGUAAAUUGUUAAUUUCACAUUAUUCAAAGCUGUUUGAUACUUUUCCUCUCAUUUCUCCAUUCUGAAGCGCAUGUUUGAAGAGACUCAAAUGCUGGUGGUGAUCAUUACUGUCAUCAUAAGAUAUAUUUUUAGUGAGAGCUGUCAUUGAGAACAUGGUCACUUUCAUUUCUCUGCUAUUCCCAGCCUUAAAAUAAAUUCUAAUCUACUGUACAUUUAAAGAUGAUUAGAGGCCUAACUCAAUUUUGGAACAAAUUUCAUACCAGUUAUGCUAGUUUUGGAAAAGUGCAGCUUCAAUCUGCUUCUAUUUCAAAAGACUACUCGCAAUAGGAUAAGUGGCUGCAUUCUAUUCUACUGAUAGAGAAUAAAUAGAUUGCAUUUUAUUGUGUAUUGACAUUUUUUGGCAUGGUUUAUUGUUUCCUUCCUGAUAUCAGAUUUGUCUUACUAAAAUGAGUGGAUUCAGUCAACCAGUUAAGGCACUGCAAUUCUCUUUAUAUCCUGUCAUUGACUUGAUGAGGUUUUAAUUCUAAUUCUAAAAUACUACUGUAUAUCAUUGAAUAAAAUUAAUUUGCUCUGAGUAUUAUGGAUAGGUGUUCUAAGUACCAGUAUCAUGUCGAUUGAUACUUUGCUGUAGUGGUUUCCUAGAGAAGAAGACAACGAUUUCUAGCUGUAAUUGCCUCUGCAUAUAUGGAACCUUGUAAUCCGUAUUCUAAAAGUUAUAAUUUUCUUUAUAAAGGAGUCAGUCAUGUCAUGUCUUUCACAGCUGCAUUCAUGAAUUAUAUGAAGCUCAUCUUGAUUUUGUGUUUUCUAUGACUUUGCGUUGGGAUAAGUGGAAUAUUAUGCCUUUUUUUUUAAAGAGUAUAAACCUGACAUUCUUCAAACAAAAUGGAGCUACCACUAUGUUAGAUUUCAAUACUGUAUUUCCAACUGUAAAUAGUUAUUUUUGAAAUUAAAGUUUUUAAUUAUACUUUAGGUUUUUAUACAGCUCUUAGAUCAAGAACCAUUUUGAUAUUAGUAAAAGUUUAAUUACAGUUAAUGCUGGGAUGAAAUAAAAUGUUGGGAUUGAACGUCUGUAAGUUAUUUAUAAACACAAACACUUGUGAAAUGCUGUAAAAGUCACUACCCCUGAUAUUUCUCAAAAUAAAGCACAAAAGAACUUGA